CUCAGGACCUUGGAAGAGAUCAGUGCAAGUGAGGGGCCUAAAGCUUAAGCUUCAUUAGCUUCGUGAUAAAUCCACCUCAGGUCAUGGCUAUUAAUAAAUUACUGUUGGAUGACAGAAGGACUAGGAGAGAAAGAGGAAUAAGGAAGAGCAUAUCUUCUUAUGAUACCAUUUUGUAUUCCAUGUGGAAAAUAUAGGGUAGAGUCAUAUGGUGCAGGUUUACUUUUUCCAUCUUUCAGUGGGAAUUCCUAUCUAGAAUUACCUUUUUUUAUAACCCUGGAUGAGUUCACAUGUGUUCCAGGGAAAGAACAUAACAGAACUGUUACCAUCUACUUGACGAUAAAAACAAACACUUUGAAUGGAACUAUUCUCUACAGUAGUGAGAAAAAUACCGGACAACAGUUUCUUCAUUUAUUUCUCAUGGAUGGAAGGCCCACAGUUAAAUAUGGAUGUGGAAGUUCUCACAAUAUCUUGACUCUUUCUGCUAAUUAUAGCAUUAACACAAAUGCAUUCAUCCCUAUCACAAUACGCUACACAAUCCCUGUGGGCAACUCUCAGAGUGUGUGUAUGAUUGAAGUGACUGCAGAUGGAAAACCUCCAAUACUGAAGAAAGACACAGAGAUAUCCCAUGUGUCUCAGGUGCAUUUUGAAUCAAUGUACCUUGGCCAUAUCCCAGAAGAUGUUAAGAUCCAUAAGAAUGCAGGUCACAUUUACGGGUUCAAUGGCUGCAUUCAAGAGCUUCAAGUAAACAACAAAGAAUUCUUCAUCAUUGAUGAAGCACUACGUGGAAAGAACAUUGAGAACUGCCAUGUCCCAUGGUGUGCUCGUCAUCUAUGCCACAACAAUGGCACCUGCAUCAGUGACAGUGAAAACUGGUUUUGUGAGUGUCCAAGGCUGUACUCAGGCAGGAUGUGCCAGUUUGCAACCUGUGAAAACAGUCCAUGUGGAAACGGUGCCACCUGUGUUCCUAAAUCCAGGAUAGAUUCCCUCUGCCUCUGCCCUUAUGGGAGGUCUGGGCUCCUCUGCACGGAAGCUGUUAAUAUUACUCAGCCCAGGUUCAGUGGCACAGAUGCCUUUGGAUACACUUCAUUCCUGGCUUAUUCACGGAUCCCAGACAUCGGCUUCGAUUAUGAAUUCCACUUGAAGUUUCAGCUGGCAAAUAAUCACUCAGCACUGCAAAAUAACUUAAUAUUUUUCACUGGACAGAAGGGCCAUGGGUUGGACAGCGAUGACUUCCUGGCCGUGGGUCUGCGUGAGGGCAGUGUGGUUUACACCUACAACCUGGGAGCGGGCACAGCAAGUAUCAGCAGUGAUCCCCUCGAUCUGAGCCUUGGCAUCCACACAGUCCGUCUGGGGAGGUUCUUCCAGAUGGGCUGGCUGAAGGUAGAUGAUCAUAAAAAUAAGUCCAUUGUCUCCCCAGGAAGACUGGUUGGUCUCAAUGUCGUCAGUCAGUUUUAUGUAGGUGGCUACAGUGAAUAUAUACCAGAUCUCUUACCCCAUGGAGCCGAUUUUAAAAAUGGCUUUCAAGGUUGCAUUUUCACUAUUCAAGUUCGCACUGAGAAGAAUGGCCACUUCAGAAGCCUGGGAAAUCCUGAGGGCCACCCAGAUGCUGGGCGCAGCAUUAGCCAGUGUGACGUUUCUCCUUGCAGUUUAAUGAAAUGCAGCAAUGGUGGGACAUGUGUGGAGAGUGCAUCCACUGUCCACUGUGACUGCCUCCCUGGGUGGAAAGGAGAACUCUGCACGGAGACAGUUUCCACCUGUGACCCUGAACAUGACCCUCCACACCACUGUAGCAAAGGAGCAACUUGUGUUUCAUUGCCUCAUGGGUAUACCUGUUCCUGUCCUCUGGGAACCACUGGAAUCCACUGUGAACAAGCUUUAUCUAUAAGUGAUCCAUCUUUCAGAAGCCAUGAAUUAUCCUGGAUGUCUUUUGCUUCCUUCCGUAUUCAGAAAAAGACACAUAUUCAGUUGCAGUUUCAGCCUCUUUCUGCAGAUGGCAUCUUAUUUUAUGUUGCACAGCACUUAAAAGCACAAUCAGGUGAUUUUUUAUGUAUCUCCUUAGUAAAUGGUUCUGUUCAACUUCGCUACAACCUUGGUGACAGAACUAUCAUUCUAGAAACUCUCCAAAAAGUGACUAUUAAUGGAAGUAUUUGGCAUGUGAUUAAAGCAGGAAGAGUUGGUGCGGAAGGCUACCUGGAUCUGGAUGGGAUAAAUAUAACAGAAAAAGCCAAUGCAAAAAUGAGCUCCCUAGACACAAAUACUGACUUCUAUGUUGGAGGAAUGCCAUCUUUAAAUCUUGUAAAUCCUAUGUCAAUAGCAAAUGAACCUGCAGGUUUUCAGGGCUGUGUCCGAGAAGUUAUUAUAAAUAAUCAAGAGUUAAAAUUAACUGAAUUAGGAGCAAAAAGCGGAGCAAAUGUAGGUGACUGUGAUGGGACCCCCUGUGGGUACAAGGUGUGCAGAAAUAGGGGUGAAUGUAUAGUAAAUGGCACAACUUUUUCUUGCAAAUGUUUGCCACAUUGGACUGGAAAUACAUGUAACCAGUCUGUGCACUGUUCAAAUAAUCUUUGUCUCCACCAAUCUCUAUGUAUACCCGACCAAUCAUUUUCUUACAAUUGUUUCUGUGCUUUGGGUUGGGUGGGAAAGUAUUGUGAAAACAAAACUUCAUUUUCAACUGCAAAAUUUAUGGGUAAUUCUUAUAUUAAAUACAUUGAUCCAGAUUACAGAAUGAGAAACCUUCAGUUCACUACUAUAUCCUUAAAUUUCAGUACUACUGAAACAGAAGGCUUAAUUGUAUGGAUAGGAAAAGCUCAAAAGGAAGAAAAUGAUUUUCUGGCAAUUGGUCUCCAUAAUCAGUCCUUGAAAAUAGCAGUUAACUUAGGAAAAAGCGUAUCUGUGCCUAUGAUCUAUAGCAAUGGCACAUUCUUUUGUAAUAAAUGGCACCAUGUAAGUGUAAUUCAAAAUCAGACUAUUAUUAAGGCCUACCUAGAUAACAACCUAAUUCUCUCAGAGGAUAUUGAUCCACACAAAAAAUUUGUUGAUUUAAACUAUGAUGGCAUUAGUUAUCUAGGGGGCUUUGAAUAUGGCCGAAAGGUAAAUACUGUUACUCAAGAGAUUUUUAAAAGAGAUUUUGUUGGCAAAAUUAAAGAUGUAUUUUUUCAGGACUCAAAAAAAAUUGAGUUAAUUAAAUCAGAAGGAUAUAAUGUUUUUAAUGGAGAUGAACAAAAUUAAUGACAUAAAUACUGGUAAUUUUGAUAUACAAAAUAUAUAUGUAAAUGUAUUUUGAUAGCUAUUUGUGGCACAUUGUUUACUAGAAAUCAGCUAUUUACUAUUAACUGAAAUAGUCUAAAUGCUAACAUACCUUAUUUAUAAGCUUAUAAAAUACAGCUAAAGAAGUGAUUUUGGUUGGUUUUCCUACAUCCAAUAUCUAUAAACAUGUUGAUUCGAAAGUUUUCACUCCAUUAGUUCAUGUAGUAUUUAUUCAUCUGUGAAUUGGUUUUAAAUUAUACAAAGAAAAAUAAAAAGCAAAUUAUUAACCAAAGGAAAAAUAAAAAUUAUAUAAGAAAAAAACUACACAAUCAUA